AUGUAUUGUUUGCUUUUUCUUGUUGUAGUACCAGUAACAAAUACAAAAGAAGAACAUACAAAUACAUUUCUAUCAUCAUCACUUCAACAAACUCCACCUACUGAUGAUUCAACGAAAGAAGAAACAUCUACUAUAGAAGAAAUAAAGCCAUUGAAAGAAGAUACUGAUCAAACAAUAUCAACUAUUACUUCCAAUGAUGAACCUAAUGAAAUUGAACUAAAUAAACAACCAAUAUCUGAUGUUUCUGAAGAAAAGAAAGAAGAACAAAAAGAACUCAGUUGUAGUACUCCAUCAUCUGCUCUUAAUCCAGAUGCAACUCCUUUUGUUGCUUUAUCAACCAUUAAUACCGACAGCAAUAAAUCAUCGUCAACUGGAGAUGAAAGUGAUGACGAAAUUGAUUCGAAUGACACACCCAUUUCUACUGAUUCAUCUGAACGUCCACGUAUGCCUAUCAAAGACGAAGUUAUUGUUGAUACAAGUUUGAUGCCAUCAACACCUCUUCUGAAAUCUUGGUUACCAAUAGAAGUAACUCAUAUUGAAACACCAACUCGUUUCUAUAUUCGUUAUAUCUAUGGUCCUAGUUGGAAUUUAGGCAAUGGACAAACACCUGAAUUAAUUAAUAAGAAGGAAGCACCAGAACGAAAUGUUGUAUUGAAAGAAUUGACACAAGAAAUGACGCAAUGUUAUAGUAAACAUAAACGUAUUUGUCCAGGUGAUAGUUAUGAUGAAGGUGAAUUAGUUGCUGUUAAAUUACGUUCACAAUGGCAUCGUGGACGUUUUAUACAAUACAAACCAAACAUUGAUUUUGCACAUAUAUUUUUUGUUGAUUAUGGUUAUACACGUGCAGUGCCUAUUCAAAUGAUUCUACCAAUUAAUAAUCGUUUUGUGUUACAUGCUGAACAAGCUCAUUUAGUUCAUUUACAUCAACCUGGUCAACGUCGUGGUCGUAUAGAAUGGAAUACAACUGUUAUUGAUGAAUUUCGAGAAAUGACUAAAGAUGGUACAAAUUUAUAUGCAAGAAUUAUGAAUGAGCCAAAUACAAUUGAACUAAUGUCCUAUGAUCCAUUAACAAAAAAAUGGUUUUCAUUCUAUGAACAUUUUGUUAAACAUUUAAAUAAUUGUGAUAUCAUAGAACAAAAAGACUGA